UCUUAAUAACUCAUAAUCUUAAUUGUCUUUUUUAUUUUAAAUUAAUUAUUAUACCCCCGUUACAACUCUCUCCCUUUCUCUUUAGUUCAUCUCUCUUCCCUUGACACAUAAUCAAAAAUGGGAAAUAAUGUUAGUACCAGCAAAAGUGAUACAUUGUCGAAGAUAUCUCAACAAAGCAAACAUAUUCGGGGUCAAAAAGCACCUUCAAUUGCAUCAAUACGACUUCCAUCGCCACAAUUAUCACCAUCAAAUCCAAUUGACCAAGCAAGUAAUACUGCAGAAAUUCAUGCAGCACAGCCAGUCACGCUUUCCAGUACAGCAGAAAAACGGCCCAUAAGCACAUUUGAGGCUGUACCAUUACCCUCUAUUUCAGAAAAACGACGAGAAAACACCUCUGAUGCCCUCAGUCAUCUUGACAGAUUACCAUCGUCGCCAGAGAGACACAGUGGUGUAUUUUACAAGCGAAUGAAGUCCCAAAGAAACAGUCGAUCAAGAGACAGAUACAGUUCUACUUUUUCCGUCAGUGGUUUUAGUAGCUCAAUAGGCGAUUCUCUUCAUUUCUCUAUGGUGGCAGAUUCUACCAUCACAGACAUCACUAAUGUCUCGAGUUUUUCUGUAAACUCCUUUUUAGAUAAAAUGGGUGAUGAUAAUAAUUACAUUAUGGCUAUUCCUGACCCUGACUUUACCAAUGAUCUACUCUCCUUGCGCAGUAAUCGCAAUAAAAACAACAAUACGCCCUGCAUUGACCAUGUCUCUAAUACACAAGACAUUUUGGACUUAUUGACAAAUCAUCCUGAAUCUACCUAUGAUAUUCUCACAAGCAUUUUUGGCUCUGAAAAGAUAAGAACAGAUAGCGAACUUCAAAAAGAAGCCUUCCAAGCGGCUGAAACGUGGAGCUUGCGUCCUACAGACGUCAUUGCCAAAGUCAUUGUUGCUUGCUGCAAACUUUGUGGUUGGGGAACUGGUAAAAACUCUAAAAAAGGAUUCGAUGAACUCCAAGCACUGGCCCAAAAGGAUGUCUGGGAAGCUUACUAUUAUCUCGGACAAUGCUAUCAUUAUGGUAUCGAACAAGCAAGCGAAGGCUAUAAUCUAUCAGGUCGUCCUCUUUCUACAACUGUGGUUCAAUCGGUUGAUCGUGAGCAAGCUAUCUUUUGGUAUCGUAGAGUCAUUGACCAUCACGAAAAUGUUCCAAGUGAACGUGUUCAAUACUAUGUCGCUGAAGCUCAAUUCCGUAUUGCUGCUAUCAAUUUUGCUUCUGGAAACAUUAAUGCUGAUAAUGUGGAUGAAAACACAGCUUAUCUUCGAUCAAGUGUUGCUGCUGGAAAUAGAAAAUCUGAGUUUUCUCUCGGUCUCUUGAUUGAAAUUGGCUUGAUUGAAGAUUCACUUAUUGCCAAGGAAUAUUAUCUCAAGAGUGCUAAAAAAGGUUACUUACCUGCUCAAGUUCAACUCGCAUUGAUUCUGAGAAGUGAAGAUUCCCCAGAGAGUAUAUCCUGGCUUAGUAGUGCCGCUAGACUGGGAGAUCCCAGAGCCUUCUAUUACUUGGGUGAAAGCUACGAAUUCGGGAAAUGUGUCAAAGCAGAUUCAAUGAUUGCAGUUCACAACUAUCAAACAUCGGCUGAGAGAUACAAUCACCACAUGUCAGAAUUUCGACUUGGUAUGCAUUAUCUUCAUGGUGGUCUCGAACUUGAACAAGACAAUGCCAAAGCUUUUUACUACCUUCAGCGUGCUGCUAUAGGUGGUUACCCUGAUGCUCAGUAUCUUCUCGGUAUGAUGUAUCGUGAUGGAAAAGUACCCUCUUCAGGAACCAAAAACUCGCGCCAGUCAUCGGCUGAAACUUCUCGGAAUAACAAGGAGGCUUUCCGGUGGAUACGUAAAGCAGCUUCUCAACGCAUGCAUACCGCUAUUACACAAAUUGCAAAUUGUUAUGAAGAAGGCGUUGGAACUGCUGUCAACUAUGCACUUGCUACUGAAUAUUAUGAUAUUGCUAUUAGUAUACCUGGUAAGCACCUUCCAAGUGCACAACAGACCUAUGCUCGUUUCUUGCAUAAGAAUGGAAAAUAUGAAAAAGCCUUAGAGAUGUAUCUUUAUGCUUCUGGCCUCAAAAAAUCUCCUCUAAAUACUCAUCCUUCAAGUCCUACUAUUGCUAGAGCGGCCAAACGCAUGGUUGCCUUACUCUAUCUAGACGAAAAAGAUACCACAACACCCUUUAGACCUAAAGAAGCGUUUGACAUUUUGACUUCAUUAGCCAAAUCAAACGAUGCUGAUGCUCAUUAUUGGAUCGCUGUCUGCUACGAAGAAGGAGUUCCUGGUGUUGUCAGUAUUGAUCUCACUAAGUCAUUCGAACACUAUGUGAUAUCUGCUAACCUUGGCUUCAGUGAUUCCCAAUUCCAGGUCGGACAUAUGCUCUGUAAAGGUAUUGGUGUUAAAGAAGAUCGCCAAGCUGCCUUUAAGUGGUUCAAGAAAUCUGCAGAAAAGAACAAUGCCAAGGCACUCUAUUACAUUGGUAUCUACCAUUACAACGGCAGUGGUUCUAUUGUCCGUGAUCACGAGCAAGCACGUCUUUACUUCAAACGCUCUGCAGAACUAGGUCAUGUUGAAGCUAUGGUUUCUUAUGCACAAACUUGUCAAGAAAGAUUAAAAACCACUGGUUUAAACCCCUCAGAAAUCGAAAAACUACAAGCAGAAACAUUCAAGUGGUAUGCUAAAUCCGCUAAACAAAACCAUACCACUGCAUUACGUGAACUAGGCCGUCUCUAUGGUGCGAAGGGAGAUUUCAAAACAUCCCAUGAAUGCUAUCUUAAGGCCUCUCAGCUUGAAGAUGCUCUUUCAGCUUUAUUUUUAGGUGGUUACUAUGAAAAUGGACAAGGUGUCGGACCAGACCCACAAAAAGCGCUUCAAUACUAUACAAAAGCCAUGGAACUAGGGCAGCCGACUGCUCUCUUUGCUAUUGCAGAACUCUGUGAAAAGCAACAAGACUAUGAAAAAGCAUACAGUUACUAUAAGCGUGUUUCACAAGAUUCCAGGAUUUCAAAGAAUUUCAAAUCAAGUAAAAUAUCAAGACUUAAAAUGGCGCUGUAUAGCUUAAACUAUGACCCAAAUACCCUCCUUUAUGAAAAAUCAACAAGGCCUAAACAACUGUUUGACUCCAUUCCUUCUUUACUCUCCACAACUGAAGCAUUUGAUACUCUAUUAAAACUUGCUAAUGAAGAAAAGUUCUCUGAUGCCUUUAAUUGGAUAGCGGAAUGUUACCAAGAUGGCAAAGGCGUCGAUCAAAAUACAACUGAAUCGAUUCAUUGGAGGAUCAGAGCUUCUCAAGAAGCAAACGAUAUCAAUGCCACAUUAAAACUUGCUUCCAUGUAUGAACACGGUACAGGCGGCGUACAAAGGAAUACAGUUUAUUCACACCAGCUCUAUCAAAUGUGUGCAGAGAAAAACAAUGUCCUCAGUCAACAUAAACUAGGUAUGGCAUUUUGGCGCGGACACGAAAUCAUUCCCAUUAAUCUCGGUAUGGCUGUCAUUUGGUUUACAAGAUCUGCUCGUCAAGGUUACGCUCCUAGUCACUGGGCUCUUGGUCAAAUUGCACUGGAGAAUGGCGAUCUGCAUAUUGCUAUUGCUUGGUGGGAAACAGCCAUGCAGCUCAACCCCAAUGUGACACACAAAAAGACAGAUCCUAUCAACGUGGAUCAUCUUCUUACUACUACAGGUGACUCUGAGGCGCUGGUCAUUUUAGGCAAAAUAAUUCAAAAUCAGCAAAAAUCAGUUUUAACUACAGAUACUUCCUUUGAUCAACUCUCGAGAGCUCAACAAGAAAACCGUGGAAUAGCGCUUCGGUGUUUUGGACAAGCGGCAUUGAUGGGGAAUGUCGAAGGCAUGUAUUUGACUGCACAAGCAUGGCAUAAGGAUAAGGACUAUCCAGUUGCAUUAGAACAUUAUGAAAAAGCUGCUUCCAAGGGUCAUGUGCCUUCUCGAAUUAUGUGUGCUACAUACCAAAUUUAUGGUUUGGGUGGCAAACAAGUAAAUCCUGAAGCUGGUUACAAAGAAUUACUUGAAUGCGCCGAUUAUGAUGUUGAAGCCUACGUUCAUCUUGCACGAUGUUAUGAACGCGGCUUAGGCACCGCGAUAGAUACACAAAAAGCGGUUGAUUUAUAUCGCCUUUCGGUUGACAAGACUGAUAGCUCCGAGUCUAUGUUUCGUCUUGGCCAGCUUUAUGCUCACAUAAUGGAUGAAUCUAUAAACGGUGAAAUGGAAGCUUUCUAUUGGUACAAGCGUGCAAUUAGUAAAGACGAUCAUCCACGCGCAAACUUUCGCAUUGCAUUCUAUUAUGUGCAGGGUAUCAAGAAUGACCUCCUUAGUCCAGAUUUAUCAACCGCGGCUCAUCAUUUCCGUACAGCUGCCAAGCAAGAUGAUUUAGAUGCCAUGGUUGAGCUUGGUCAUUUGCUGCUUGGUACGCAUGGGAAGUCUGCUUUGUUCCCUACCGAGCUUCAGCAAGAAGGUCUCCGAUGGUUUGAGAUUGCUGCCGAUAAAGGUUCACGAGAUGCUCAACGAGAACUCGGUAACCUGUAUCAUACUGGUCGCGACGGUUCUGAUGAAGAUCACCCAAUCUAUCCUAUUGAGCAAAACUUUGAAAAGGCGUAUGACUAUUUUAGCUUUGCAGCUCAUCUAGGAGACAAAACAUCUGCUUUGUUUUUGGGCACGUAUUAUGAACAUGGUAUUUGUGUCCCACCUAAUCUAGAACUCGCUCAAACCUGGUAUACUGUCGCAGUAGAAUUGAGCAUAGAAGAUGCAUUAUCACUUCACCACCCUUCAGGAUGGUGGCCAGCACAGUUUUGUCUUGCUCGUGUUUUACAUCAAAAUGAGGCAACUCAGAAUGAGGCGUAUGCAUUAUUCAAAACGGUCUACUCUCACGAACCAGAGCAACAUCUUGCUUAUCUAGAGAUGAUCUUGGCUCAGUAUGAGCUUUAUGGUUUAGGAGGUGUCCCAGUGCAACCUGAGGAAGCGGCUGAAAAGUUACUGAAACUUGCCAAGGCAGGCUAUCUAAAAGCGUUCUUUCCCAUUGCCCAAUGUUACGAAAAUGGAAUUGGUGUCCAAAAAGAUCUUUCCAAGGCUCUUCAAUGGUAUGUGAUGCUUGUCCAUCAUCCUAUUGAUCAAGAUGUAUUGGAUGAAGACGAUCUUGAAGAUCUAUCGCACGCCUAUUUCAGUUUGGCAGAAUUUUAUCGCAAGGGAGUUGUGGUUGCUGUAGAUCUAGAAAAGUCUGACAUGUUGUACAGAAUUGCUGCUGAGCGAGGUAAGUUUAUUGAGUACAUCAUUAUGUCAUUCAAUAAUAAUUCAUUUUCUGCAAAUUGUUUUAUAGGCUCGAGAGAAGCUAAAAUGUACUUAUCCUUAUGAAGUACUAUUUAUGAAUUAUGAAUUAUGUAUUAUUAAUAAAAAUUUUUAUGUCUUAUUCAAGGAGAAAAGGUGAAUAGGGGAAAAUACACGUUUUGAGGCUGUGUCUGACAAGCAUUUCUAUU